AUGACUGAAUUAACACCACAACAAAUUAGUGUCAGCUUUGUUACUCAAUAUUACUUUAUUUUGUCAUCAAAUACUAAAAACCUUUUCAAAUUUUACAAGACCGAAUCUGAGAUGACUCAUGAACACUCAACUGUUGUUAAGCAAUUACCCGGAAAUAUUAAUCCUAAUGCAGCAGUUGGAGUUGAUAAUAUUGAAAAGAAGAUUUCAACCCUAGGCUAUGAAGAAUGUAAAGUCAAAUUGACCUAUGUUGACUCACAACGCUCAUUGAAUGGAGCUGUUUUUGUUUUUGUAGAAGGUGUUAUGACAAGACAAGUUGACCAAAAGGAAAUGAAUUUCACUCAAACUUUCCUUUUGGCUGAACAAGAAAAUGGAUACUUUGUUAGAAAUGAUUAUCUUCGUUUCAUUCCUGAUACAUCUAACAUUCCAACCACUGUUCAAGCUACUCAAAGCAAUCCUCCACUUGCUGAAUCAUCAACCACUGCUUCUGUUUCCAGCACUUCAAGCAGUGAACAUCACUCUAAAUCACAAAAUGGUCAUCAAUUAUCCUUCUCUCUUAAUCCAUCCACUGUUAACAUUGUUUCCUCUACUACCAACGGUUCUCACUCUCCAAGAAGUGAAGCCAGUUCAACUGCUGCUACAGCUGGUGCCAGUUCUGUUUAUGGUGGAGCAGAAGAAAAUCAAUUAGAUGAUGAAGCUGAGGAAGAAGAAAUUACAGUAGUUGAAAAGCCACAACAAAAUCAACAACCAACUCAAGCUAAAUCAACUACUAGUGUACCUGCUGAAAAUAAGGAACCACACGGAACAAUUUCUUAUGCUGCUGCUGCUAGUGGUAGAGAUUAUAAGAAUGAAUCAUCUGAACAAACUCAACCAAAACACAAGUCUGGAAAGAAACACAACAAGGAAAAUAAGGAACACAAGACUGAACAACACAAGACCGAAAACAAGGAACACAAGACUACCACUGAACAACAACAACACAAUAAGGAACACAAAGAACACAAGGAACACAAAGAUCACAAAGAACACAAGGAACAUAAGGACCACAAGAAUGAACAUCAUAAGAAUGAACACAAGAAACCAGCCACUGCUCCAGUAACUGGUGAACAAAAGCAAGUAUCAGCUGAAAAGAAGGAAAAGACUUUCCGUGGAAAGGAUCAUCCACUUAAUAAGCAUGCUAUCUAUGUUCGUGAUCUUCCUGUUGGCACUAAGGAUAGUGAUUUGAAGGAAGCUUUUGCAGCUUAUGGUAGCAUUAUUGAUAUUAACAACAAGUCUGGUAAGGAUCAAUCAUACAAUAAGUAUGCUUUGAUUUUCUUUGAAAAACAACAAAGUGUUGAUGAAGUAUUGAAGAAUCCAGCUGUCUCAAUCAAUAAUCACCAAUGUCCAAUCACAAAAUACCAAAGAAAGCCAAAACAAUACCCAAGAACUCCAAACCAACCAACAUCUACAACCACCACCAGUACACCAACAAAGACUGAGACCACUACUACUCCUGUCACCAAUAAUACUCAACAACCACGUAAUAAUAAUAACAAUAAUCGUGCUCCAAGACAAAAGUAUACUCGUGCCACCAGUAAUGAAAGUGAAUCAGAAAAGAAGUAAACCUAAAGACAUUAGAAAAUGGCUGAAAUUAAAUUGUAAAAACAAAUGUAAACAAAAUCAAAGAAGAAACAAAAUUUUGCAGAAUUAGGACUAAUUCUUUUCGAAAGUAAAUCAUUCAAUAUUAAUUUUCUCUA